AUGGUGUACAGCAUAGCCGGACCCUGCAGCGAAACAUCGGUCCCCGUUCUUGCAUGCAUCGUCGGCCUCUAUUCGUCACCGCUUAUCGGCUAUCAGUCCCCGCUGAAUUUACGGAAAAAAAAAGAAUGCAAAAAGAAUGCUCCUUACCUGGGUCGAACAGAGCGGCCUCGUCCCCUCCUACCAGCGGACGGCUUCCUCGCGAUUGCACCAAGCACUUGCUUCUGCGCCAUUCCGGUGCUCUACACACCAUCUGCAUCGUUCUCUCGCAAGCACCUCUUUCGGCGAGGGCACGUUUACGAUCGUACAUCCGAGUUUCCUUCAGCAGACAUCAUGUCGUCCGCUGAUGCUGCCGAUUUUGGCUUCAAGCGCUUCCGCGUGGCCAAAGCCUGCGUUGUUUGUCGCUUGCGCAAGACAAAGUGCAACGGCGAGCAACCGUGCGACCGAUGCAAGGCCCACUCGGCGGAGUGCAAGUACGAAACCAUCGAGUCUCCGCUGCCAAAGCGCAUCGGCCGAACCGGCUCAAAUUCAUCCAUACCUAACGCCAACCGCUCGUCGCAACCAAGGGACGACAACGAUGAUGCCAACAGCGACGACGCAUCCUCCGCUCCCGCUUCUGCCGCCGAUGCUGUCGCAGAGGCACGAGCUGCAAAGCGGCAGAAGCGUGCCAUGAUCGAUCAGAUUGCCGACCGACGAUGGGGCGAUCGGUUGCCUUCGCGGUCCAACAAUAGCCGCAAGUCGGGCUAUGUGCAACAUCACCUCGAGCUGUACGCUUCGGUCGAACAGGAUGAACCUACAGAUCACGAUCCAGAUCUGCACACCGAGGACGGCAUCCGUGCUCACGAUCAGAACACCGGCAACAUGCAAUUCUACGGAUUCACCUCCAAUUUCAACUUUCAGCACCGCUUGGCACAGACGGUCGAAGCACUCAGACUGCGCGAACAGCAUCAGCAUGCAAGCAGCAGCACAUCACGGGUUAAUGGAAGCCACGACGCACCUCUCGGCGCUUCCGACAGAAAUCGGCGCUCCCACUUGCCGGAAAGUAUGAAGAUUUGGGGUCACCAGGACAUCAUCUUUCGACAGUCGCCAUCCGAAAAGAGCUUUCCCACCCUCGAUGCCUGCCAAGAAGCCGUCGGAGACUCGACCUUUUUGCCUCCGUCCAUCGUCGACCGCUUCAUCGAGAACUACAUGACCCUCAUCCAGCCCCAGCUAGGCGCGGUUCCCAAACGACAGAUCGUUAAAUGGGUCAAAGAUGCCAAAGCGCUCGGCCACCUCUCGCGCGGCUUUUCUGGAGUCCCCUCCAUGGCUGCCUCUGGCCCAGGCAAUCAGGGCAAGCUUCAGCCGGGCCAAUCAGGUCAGAAACCUGGCCCCGCUCCUAUGCGUACCAACGAGCUAGCGGCACUCUAUGUCGUCCUCGCGCUGGGUGCCUUGAUGGAUGAAGGUGACUGGGAGGACUGCUUUGCCCCGGUAUCGCUGACCCGAGAAGGCGCCAUCGCGUGCGCCACAACACUGUUCCUGCUCGCCAAGAAGCGGCUCGAAGAGAUUGUCGAGAAUUCGAGCAUCCAGAGUGCACGAUGUCUCGUCCUCAUGAGCUUCUUUUCGCUCCAGUGGUCUAGCCCCAACGUUGCCUACCUGUACAUUGGCUACGCAGCGCGCAUGUGCAUCUCGAUCGGUCUCCAUCGUGAGACUUUUCACUCCCCGGGCAAUCCACGGAGCGCCGAGCAUCGGCAGCUCUGGUGGACCUGCUACGGCAUCGAGAGGAUGAUCUCGACGUGGUUCGGCCAGGCUUCUGCCAUCCGCGACGAUGAUGUUUCGGCACGCCUGCCACAGCCGGACAACUCGUACGACGCCUAUCUGCUUGUCUAUGCGCAGAUUGCACGCGUGUGUUCCGACAUGGGCAGGCUCUCGGCCAACCCGCCAGCCAACGCACACGAUGUGUUGCUCGCCUCGGAACGCAUGGAAGCCGAGAUGCUGCGCAUUCGACACGAUGCUCCCAAAGAGCUCGCCAUCGGGCUGCGCGACGGCUUCAAUCGCGACGCUGACGACGAUUCGGAUUCGUCCGAUCUGGUGGUGCGACGAUACUCUGUCACUAUCCUGUGGUGGUACUUGCGUCUGCUCAUUCACAGCCCGCUCGUCAUUUUUGCGCUCUAUUGCCGCUCCAUCGGCACCGAUAUUCCGCGCAGCGUGCUGGACAAGACGCACACGUCUGCGCGUGCUGGGCAGCAGAUUAUCGACGCCAUCUCGAACGCGAGAAGCGACAUGCCACGGCCCGGUCUGGACAACAUGCGUUUCGGCAGCUUCUAUCUCGAUUCGGCUUGUACCAUAGUCCUGGCAGCCAUUCUGUGCGAGCCAAGCAAUCAAGAGUUGGCGUUUGGCUACCUCGCAGCUAUUGACAGGGCUAUCAAGUACCUCGAGAAGAAGGAGCGUAUCUACGCCGAUCACGGCACUACAGCCUCACUGCACAAGGCAAGAGACCUGGUGGUUUUGGCAAGACAGGUAGUGCGCGCAGCAGCAGGACAGUCGGCCAGCUCAAAGGUGCACGAUCAGCAGAACGCAGCACGUGGCAGGUCUGCAGCUAGCACUGUGUCGGCCAAUGGUACGGCUCACGCGACGGGCAUCGCUACAGAUGCAAGCGGCAGAGCAUCUCAGGUCGGCAUCAGUCGUCCGACGUCCACCUUCUCCACCAGCUCUGAGCGCGGCACAGCAUCAGCAGAUGCUGAUGGCAUCGAAAUUGACGGUCAGAGCGGCGCCAAAGACGGAGCGGGGGCUCUGCGCCGGAACCCAUUCCCCAACCAUUUGGACGGUGAAGCUAGAGGACACAGAGGCUCACCGAGCGACCUGUCUGUCUCGUCGCUACUCGGUCCCACCCCAACUACUUCUGGCACAACCUACAGGCCUCAGUCGAGCACCACCUCUCCAGCAGCGGCCAUGGGAUCUGAGCCAGCACCCGUCGAGGGGAAAAGCUUUGCAAACGAGCGCGACGAAUGGAUGCAGUACUUCCUAUCCAACUUUGACUGGCUCUCUCAGCCUACCGGCACCACACCUCAAGCUGUUCAACUCAACAGCAACGGCACCAACAUGUCGCCUGCCUUUAGCGCAGCAGGUACGCCCGAUACCGUGGGCAGGUUCUUCCAGAAUCAGCUGGCUGGCAAAGGAGGUAUGCCCAUGGUAUCGCCCGGACUGAGUUCGCCUGGAAGCGCCGGUGGAGCGGCGUCGUUGAGCGACUUGGAUAUUGGGUUACUGAUGGGAGGAGUGAGUGUCAUGGAAGGCGUCACGGAUCUCACUGCGAAUGGUCCUGCUGCGGGAGCUGGGGAUAGCAGCGGUGGGGAUGUUCCUCAAAGUCGAUUCCAAUCAUGA